AUGUCAGGAUUAACCAUCUUUGUGCUUCAGGCUGAAAGUAGCUUCAGUGAAGAGGAGGAAGAAAAACUUCAAAUAGCUUUUUCGCUGGAAAAGCAAGAUCUUCAUCUAGUUCUUGAAACUAUAUCAUUCAUUUUGGAACAGGCAGUCUAUCAUAAUUUGAAGCCUGCUUCAUUGCAACAGCAGCUGCAAAACAUUCACCUGGAUCAAGACAAAGCUGAAGCAUUUGCCAGUGCAUGGGCGGCUGCAGGUCAGGAUACGAUUGAAAAGUUCAGGCGGAGGGUUUUGACGCCUCAGAAGCUUGAAACAAUUGGAUGGCAGCUUAAUCUUCAAAUGGCAGAGUCCAUGCAAGCGAAGCUGAAGUCUCCUCGAGCUGUGCUAGAGCUGGGAGUGAGCAAUGAAGAAUCAAAG